AGGAAAAUCAAAUUUGAAUUAGAAAUGGCAAAAGAUGAUGAAGCAGAAUUUGAAACAGUGAUCAACUGGCAAUCUUUGCUAAGUGCAGAAAAUGAUGCUGAUCUCGCCGAAUUGCUUUCCUCACCAGUCGAAAAUGCUAUUACCAUUCUCAAAGAAUUUGUAUUUCCGUUUUUCAGGACAGGACGAGAAAUCCAGAAAUUAUCGAUAAUCCGAACACUGAGUGAAUUAUUGGAAAACAAUGGCGAGCAAGUUGUUGAUAAAGUUAUACCAGUCCUUCAGCAAGUGCUCAAUGACGAAUGCUCGAAUUUGGACAUACAAUGUGAGGCAGCUAUUACUUAUAAAAAUAUCUACCGAAAUAUUGAGCUUACUGCUCGUAUUCCAAUUAUUGGCAGUGUUAUUCUCAAUAGCAUGCUACAAAAUGCUACACAGCAGAAAGACAACUUGACGGCUGCAGCUUGGUUGGAAACACUUGUUGAAAUAAUUGGUCACAUACCUGUUCAACACCUUAAACAAUUUGUAUUACCAUUGACUAUUUCACAAGCUCAAACAUCGCAACGGGUUCAGCGACGUAUAUUAGCAACGAAACUAGUCGGUAAACUAUGUGCAAAUAUGGAGCCUACAGAUAUUCAAUACGAAAUCAUCCCCUGUGUGCAGUUGCUCUGUAGUGAUCCAAAUGCAAGUGUGCGAAAUUCAAUAGCGCAGAAUUUGGGAGAUGUCGUCAAAUCGUUGCAAAAUACUAAUGACUGUGCAAAGAUGCUUGUACCGUGUUUGGUAGAACUUUGCAAAGAUGCUGAUAUUGGUACCCGGGAAACGGCUCUAGACACGGUUGCUCACUGUAUUCCAUUCUUAUCAAAAGAAACUUGCAAAUAUUCAAUUGUGCCGCUUUUGAAGUACUGUACCGAACAAGCAAUUAUUGCUGAAGACGAAACACUUAAUGUGGUUUCAAAAAAUCUUGGCCAGUGGACGUAUUUACUUAAGGAUGUAUUGACGACACGGGAUUUUAGCUGGUUUUUUGAUAGUUACGUAGCAAUUGUUGGUGUGCCUGAUCGCUCCUCCUCCUCGAAUAUUGAUGGUACCUGUAGCAGCAAUAUUCGAGUCACUACUCGUCGUAUGUGUGCUUAUAAUUUCCCUUGUAUGAUAUUGAUAUAUGGCGAAGAUUACUUCAAGAACCGUUUAUUGCCAAUAUUAGAAAGUUUUUGUUCCGACCCGGAUGAUGGCAUUCGGUCUGCAACAGCAGCUGGAUUUCAUGAGGUUGUAAAGUUAUUGCCCGAUGAACCAGCUCUUAUACCACCAUUUUUUGAUCUGAUCCGAGGAAGCUCUGCUGAAGUUGUUGGUCAUUUAAUGAGAAAUCUUGAUGAAAUUCUUCCAGUGCUUUACAAAUGUGUUUCUAAACAAAAUAAUUGCAAAAUCAGCAGAGUGCAAUUAGACCGUUUGAUAAUAGGAUGCUGUCGAAUGAUACGUGGGACAAGUUUUUGGCGUGCGCAGCAUUGUUACUUGCAAAAUAUUGCCGUUUUACGCUUCUUAAUACCAAUAAACGAUCUUUUUGUGUCGUUUGUUCCAGUACUGAAGCAAGAAGUGCUAACUACACGUCCAAUACCAUGUCGAGUUGCUGCAUCGAUAACCCUUCUUCUCUUCAUGCGUCAAAAUCCAAGCAGAACUGCUCGCCAGUCUGUUAUCGACUUUUUUAUUCACUCAGUUGCAAAGCAUCAAAAUUGUCAUCGACGACGAUUAUUUUUGGAUGUAACUCCAGAAGUCAUCUCAGUUUUUAGUCGGAAGUUUUUUCAUACAAAUUUUCUAACUCCAGUUUUGGAAAUGGCAAAUGACAAAGUAGCAAACAUCAGACUCCAGUUGUGUCACAUUCUUCCAAAAAUAAAAGCAAAUUUGUAUUUGCCUCAAGAUGAAGAAAUUUUGAGGCAGCUAGAAAAAAUUGUUCGAGAUUUACUUUGUAAAGAACAAAAUUCAUCUACGCGACAGCUAAUUCAAGCAUAUGCAUGUGAUUUAUCUCGAGCUGAAACCCGAAUUAAAGUAGACAAAUCAGAUCAGCAAAAAGAAGAAGCUGAAAAUGAGAUUUGGGAUCAAGAGAAGGCAGCAACACAGACGAUAGAGUCAGGAAGUAGUGAAAGUGACGGCGUCGCAAUUAAAGAACAUUUGAAUGAAAAAGUAGUAAAGCAAAAAAAUGCGGAACGCUUGGAGAAAAAUCUUUGGCAUACGCAUGUGCAACAGACAAGGACAGCCGUUGUUCGACCGCAGCCACAUGUAGUUAUUACGCAACGUAGCCCAAGUCCAAUGCCACGUAACAUAAGCUUCAAUACAGCAACAGCUGAAGAAAAAAAAUUACGCCUCUCUGCUACUUCACAAAGAUCAUGCAAGCAUGAAUUUGGUAAGAAGCAAAAAAUAUUAGUUAGUCCCUCACUAUCAGUCCCACUUCGACAGAGUCAUGAUGAGGAAAUAUCAAAAGCAAUAUUUGAAAUGAGUGGAAUUUCAGCAUGUGCAUCAAGCGCAAAUCAUUCGUCAUCGUCCUCUAUUGCACCCUCUUCAUUACUAACAUCGCAAAGACUGCAUAAGUUGAUGCCAUCAAAAUCAGCCAGUUCAGUAAGAUCAUACAAUCAAGGGCUUAUCAAAGUCCGCAGUUUUUCGAAUAUUGCUAGAACACCAAAUCAUUUAAGCGUUAAAGUGCGAACUAUUAAGUGA